AUGGCCUGCGGGAGGGCGAGGGCAUAUGCGUGUGUGAUUCCAAGUGACUCGGGACAACAUACACGCACACCCCACGAGGGCGCAACAGAAACCCGCUCCUCGAACGCUUCCUUGCGUCUCCACGCGUCAACAGGCCCAACGAUCCUCGCCUGUGUAACGCCGACCCUGUCUUCCCCCCUUUCCGAAGCCACUUACUCGACUAUAUCAUCUUCCCUCUCGCCGUACCCUGUCUCCUCUCCUUCACCUCCUCCCACCACCACCCCGCCGUGCACAGCAGCCAUGAACUGGUCCGACAUCUUCGAGUUUGACAUGGUCCGGUCUCGCUCUCCUUCGCCCCCGUUCAGUCAAAUCGAGCGUGAAUUUUGCUCCAACUUCUAUUGCUGCGGCCUCACUAUCGCCGACCUCCACGAGCUCCUCGACCAUUUCGAAGAGUUCCACGUGAUUGUGCUCGACCAGGAUGGUCGGCCUCUUGAUCGCUCUCAAGACUCGGACAGCGCUACGCAUGGCUGCACCAGCAUCGUCCUCAGCUACCCCCAGCCAGAUCCACCACCGACACCUGAUCCGGACGUCCUGACGGCAGUCCUAGAUGUCCUCGACCCCGACGCAUUCGUCGCAGGGCUGGUCUCUUCCGGGUCAUCCGAGCCGCCCUCGGAGCCAUCGUCACCGGCGGCCGAGACCUCAGCAUGCAUCCCAACUUGUGUGCCUCCCUCGCUCCUCUCAGUCCGGCCGCCUGCUGUAAAGUCCGACAGCGCGCGGGUUCCGAUCACUCAUAGCGAGAACACGAGGAGUAGGCCACCCAAACCCGCGCCGGGCGGAUUCGAUCGCACGCACGGGAAGGCGAAGGCGCAGGUGCUCGGUACGGCGCAUACCCAUGCACCGACCACCAAGAAACGCGUACGCGAGAAGACAUACAAGUGUCCGGUGAGGCUUCUGCUCGCGCCGCCUUUCGUCGUCUAG